AUUAGAAUCUACACAGUACAAAUCAAAGUUUAUUAAUUGUAUGCACCUAACAUCAUUGACUUUCUCAAAACUCAAACACAAUUGUAUUGUUUGUCUAGGCUGAGAAAUUUUGGGAAGCAAAUCAAGAUUCGAUAUCCAAAAAUAAGCAGCUAUGUCUUUGGCAAUCUCUCAGCUUUCUUGUUUCUCUUCAAUAAAUCGCAGAUUAGUACAGUUUCAUAAUCGACCAUUACACCCAUGUUCUACUUUUCCCCUAAAGGUAAUUGCUAUGAAUAAUGAUGGGCGUGGCACGGAUGAAUCCAGUUUAGAGAGCAGGACCACUUUAAGUUAUGCAACAGAUUCAUCGAAAUCACUUAAUGGGACUUCAUCAAACUCAUAUUCUGCACCAGAAGAAAAUGUUACUGGGAAAGAAAUAAAUGAGCCAGUGCAAGAGGACUCCAGCAGCCAGCCAACAAAGGCAGCAAAAAUUCAUGAUUUUUGUUUAGGAAUUCCCUUCGGUGGUCUUGUUUUCACGGGGGGACUCAUUGGUUUUAUUUUCUCAAGAAAUCCUGCCACAUUAAGCAGUGGUGUUCUUUUCGGAGGUGCAAUAUUGUCCCUCAGCGCCAUUAGCAUGAAGGUGUGGCGGCAAGGGAAAACUAGCUUUCCGUUCAUAUUGGGUCAAGCAGCACUUGCUGCGGCCCUUCUGUGGAAAAAUAUGCAGACCUUCUCAAUGACAGGAAAACUGUUCCCUACUGGCUUCUUUGCUGCCGUUAGUGCUGCAAUGUUCUGCUUUUACUGUUAUGUGAUGCUGUCUGGGGGUAAUCCACCACCCAAGAAGUUGAAGGCAUCUGCUUCAGGGGCAUAUUAGUGUAAAAUCGCGAAAGGUCAGCGAUAAUUCUUAGAAAUUCGCUUAAUAUUACAAUCAAUGUUGACAGUUUUACAGUGAGCAAAUCCGUUAAUUUGCGCAAGUUACAUGUUCUCAAUGAGGGGAAUGAGCAAAGUUUCGAUAAUAUUGGUCUUGGAAUGUACAAUGAUUUAGCUAAAAUGUCAUACGAGUUUGUUCAUUAGCAACUUGCUGGUGGCACAUUGAAUGUUAUGAUAGCUUGGAUAAUAUACAAAUUAUUAUGUAUGGAUCAUUUUAAGUCCUUAAGCAUAGAAUAUACAAUGUUUUUCUUCA